UAAUUAUAUAGGUAGCUAUCGUUUAUUUUAAUAUUACAUAUCUCACAUACUGUUCGCCGUCGUUAAAACCGCAAGCGGAUCUCUGCCAUUUCAUUUACAUAGCAUACAACGUGAAUCCUCCCUCCCCGCGAACGUCAUGCUGUUUUUCCACCAUAACAACGUGAUAUUUUGUAGUCCUGGGCGAGUAGCUAACAAGUAUCGGAAUGAGCCUUUUAUGGAAAGGGUCAUUAUGUUAAGGUGCCUUGCAGACGCAAUAGAGGAAAUCAAGCAAUAUCUCUGAAUCAUCUAUUUCACCGUCAAUCGCCACCGACGGCCCUUUGCGCCUGAAGAACGAGCGGUCAAAAUAAGCAGGAUAGAAUCCAGCAUAUUCCCAGUCAAUAAUUGCCCUUAUCUUUAAUGAAUUUGGGUCAACGAUAACGUUAUUUUGGGAGAGGUCAUUAUGACAAAAGACAAAUUCAUCUUUAUCUGACUGUUAGGGCUCCCAAUCAUCGUUGAACGACUUUUGCAUAGCACGAUAGGGAGGGAUCACAAGGCCCGUAGGACCUCCAAUCUUCGAAGAACGGAGCGCAUGAAGAUUCUAGAUAUGUUUUUCUAAUUCACUCUCAACUCUCGCUUUCUGAUCCUCAGUAAGGCGAUCCAUGCUGACCCCCUCGACAUACUCCAUCACGAGAUAAACGGCAUCAUCGUCUUCGAAACAGCAGUAUAGGUGCGGGAUAGGAAUGGUCGAGUUUUCCUUUAAUAACUGUAGAGUCGCAGCUUCAUUCAGUAUCCUCUCUCUCCUGAACCGUUCCCUUAAAUUGGCUGACUUGCCAUUCCUUCGGUCGAAGUGAGCGCUUGAUAAACGAGACACCUGAACGAUAGUACUUUCUUUCGUGGAUAAUACCGAUACAAUCUUUUUCCUUCCGGUCGUUUAACAUCUGGUUGGUGAACGACAUAGUAGUUGACAGAAACAGGAGUGAAUAAAAAUGAUAGGAGAUUUAGUGUCGGAAUUCAGGAGAACUCCCCGGUCCCGACAUGUAUACUGAUGCCAGUCACGUGGAGCGAUAACUCUAGGCAGCAGCCCUUAGACCUCUAUAAAGGUGACACUCGCUCGCGAGUCCUAGCGAGUCCUACUUGCUAUAACUCCUCUUCGCCAGCCCUCCUUAUCAUAACAAUGAUAGGCCUUCCAACAAAUGAUCUUCAAAUAAACGUCCUCCAAUCUUUCGCCAUGCCAUCGGAUCAUUGCGGCAGCAGUGUCUCAACCACCCAGUCAGAGUGCCCGAGUUGUGGACAAGCCCCACACUGAACCAAGUUCCUUAAUCCAGACGUAGUUUACGUAGCUAACAAGCACAAAUCAGGUCGUCGCAACUAAGGGGCGGGCAAGUUGAUCAAGUACCCAUACUUUCCGAUUGGAGGUCGGACCGUUGGGUGUCUGCCGAUAUAUAUACCCGAGAGAGGUUUCUUUGCCUUUAAUACUAUUGCUUCUAUAUUGGCCGUCAAGAGAAGUUGCUCAGAGAGUCGAAAAGGCUUGUUUGCAUAUAGCAUCAGGAUUCUUUAUGCAUAGAAAUUUACAUAUUUGACUCCUAUUAUUGCCUCCACGAGUGUGAUUUCUAGCAAGGGUGACGCCGCGCUGGAGGUCGGGAAGUUUCUCCAAUAUCAGAGUGAGUAUCUCCGGCAGUACGUCCCUGAGGCUGGUCCCGGCCAUGGUAUCGGUAGCCUCGACGGCGGUAGCAGCUUUGAAGGUCUCAACGGCUUCUGAGACAGCCCGGACAAGCCUUAUGCUCAAUCGUUGUUUUUCUUAUUGUAAAGCUGUGCUUGGAGUGAGUUACGAAUACAAUUAGGAUCCUGCUAAUUUCAAGAAAAGCCAUAAGUUCUGACCCCACUUUAUAGUUUGAACAUUUAAAAGCUUUCUGUAGCAGAACAACUAUUAAAAAAGCUCCGUCUUCAUUUCAUCUUGCAGUCGGCCCGAAACAUGUCCAAAUGGAUGGAUAAUUGAAGUAGUCGCGCAUUAUGCCCGCCACGACUCCUCAGGGACCAACCUAAAUAAAGGUUCCAUAAGAAAUUAAAUCUUAGGAGUAGAUAGCUUCUGGUAAUGAAUCCCAACAAGCUGUGUAUCUUCAGGAACGAACUAGCUAGCCUCAGGAGGCACGUAGAAACUAUAAUGCAGCAAUAAAUGCAGGGAAACCCGGCCGCGUUAUAACUAGAGGGGCCGUUUUUUGACUUAGUAGGUAUAUAGCUAGCAGUUCGAGUCUAAUAUAUUUGAGGGAAGCGAAUAUCUACCUAAGGGAGAUUAUAUAAACCUUUAUUUUUCAUCGUCUUCAAAAGAUCUUAUUAUCCCCGACCCGUUUAUCUCUAAGCUAGGUUCCCUCUAUCAUCAACCUAUAUUUGGAGCAUAGGCUCUACCCUCUACUAGUAUGCCUGGCCCUUAUAGAAUACCUUAGACUGUUAUAGUAAUAAGUGGCGUUCAACUCACAAACUAUAAUGGGACAAGAGGAGUCCUCGAAUCAAUCCAAUGUUUAACUAAUCAUAUCUGCUUCUGCUGCUUAUAAUUUGACAUUUAUUUAAUCGGACAGCGAUUUUCAAUCAAUACAAUAUCCCUUUUAUACACCUUGCAUUUUAUAUCUAUGUUGAAAGGCUCCCUUUUGCCAUCGACAUGGCUGAAAAUUUGUGUAACUCUUCAAUUUUCAAUUUCAUUUCCAUUUGGCCUUCAUGAAUUCCGAUGAGAGUUGUAUUAUAUCGCCAGCCCCGAAGUUCAUCCUCGAAAGUCUGUAAGCAUGUGAUCAUCACAGAUGACCAUUUGGCAGAGAUGAUUGAGGCUACGAUCGAAAAUGAUACUGGUAUUCACUAAAACGAAAGCGUUCUUACGACUCGCGCUUAUUGCACCGACCUUAUAUCACGCGACUAACUGCCAGCCCAAGCGCCCAGGAUUUCUACCGAGGCGUGAUUGACGACAACACUACAACCUGACCGUUCACGAGCUGGUCGGCCGAUCCAAAUAAAACUCCCCAGCUGAUGCACUGGGAUAUUGACUAAGGAAAACGUGUAUCCAGUAGAAUAGAAUAAUCGCACUAAUUCCUGAGAGAGUUAACAUUUUUAUCCCAUGUCAAUUAGUCGGAUAUACACGUGGAUUAAGCCAUAGUGGCAUAAUGACCACACUAUAUUCUUUAUGAGUGUUUGGUAUGACCGUUUCAUUCGCAUCGGAUCGGUACCUGACUGUCGAUCCCGACAAUGGGGCAGUUGCACGGGAGCGAUAUUGAAUUCUCCGACAUGGGCGAUGGCACGAGGCUAAGUAAACACCCUGUCCACGGUAUCUAAUGUGGAAUAUAGUCGAGGCGAAUUUGAGUUGGUACUCCUAAGUACUAUGCAGUAAUGGGGUAUUUGGAUGCCUGGCUCCUAGUUUGUGUCCUAUUAAACGAAAAAGUCGGCUGGAGAAUGGACAAUUAUCGAAACCUUACCAUUAUCAAGAGUACAUGAAUGAAAUAGACGACUGUCACAUCUCCUGCGCGUGCUAUCUUUUCGAAAUAUGACCACUCCGUACUCAACAGGAGGUCCCUCCAUCCGUGGGUAGUAUCCCAUUCCCCCGUAAUGUUCACAAGAGCCAUCAAAACAUUUAUGUCCAUCAUCUCACCGAUAACUGUCAAAGAUGGAAGCCACAGAGAGGUAAAGGGUGACGUGCCAAAUUUCUGUAGUGGUGUUCCUGGCCCGGCACCAGUGCAAGUCAUGAGGAAGAAUGACGUCCAAAAGUCAUCUCUAACAUGUCAACAGUAUCUUCGGUUGUGUAACAGUAGCCACGAGAGGAUAGAUAUAUAAAGGCAUUCGAAUGGGUAAACGAUAUGUCUCAUAGUCCAAACAGACAGACAGUUCUAUAAGCCUUUCCGAGACACCUGUUCAAGGACAUAGCCUGAAUAGGGUGAUAUUAGAUUUCUCCCCUUUUGUACGCCACCAACCGGGUCACGCAGUUGCCAGAUCAAGCACAGCAUGAAGACCCCGUUCACCAUACUGGCGGCCCUGACCGCGGCAACAACAGUAGUGGCCAGACCAUUUUCAACCAACGGGACGGAGCUCAACAAGCAUGCAAUGAUCGGGUAUCUACAUGCAAGCUUUGCUAACGGGUCUGGCUAUUUGAAACUUGCAGAUGUUCCUGAUGAAUGGGACAUUAUCGAACUAUCUUUUGGGGAGCCUACAUCUGUGGACUCGGGGGAGAUCAAGUUUGCCAUGUGCCCCAAGACAGAAUGUCCUAACGUCGAAAGUGAGGAGGAAUUCAAGGCUGCCAUCAAGGCCAAGCGAGCCAAAGGCAAGAAGGUACUCCUAUCAAUCGGAGGGCAGAACGGUCAGGUCCAGCUCAAAACGACCGAAGCAAGGGAUAAAUUCGUCAGCUCGGUGGGAGGUAUUAUCGACAAAUACGGCCUUGAUGGGCUGGAUAUUGAUUUUGAGGGACACUCUCUUUACCUCGACCAGGGAGACACCGAUUUCAAGAAUCCAAAGACGUCCGUGGUUGUCAACUUGAUUGCUGCAUUGAAGUCUCUGAAGGGAAAGUAUGGCAAGGCCUUCGUCUUGACCAUGGCACCAGAGACUUUCUUCGUGCAGCUGGGGUACAGCUCAUAUGGCCCCUCGAACGGCAACGAUGCCCGUGCGGGAUCCUAUCUGCCUGUUAUCCACGCCAUGCGAGACGACUUGACUGUUCUGCAGGUACAGAACUACAACUCCGGCCCGAUUAUUGGUCUUGAUGACCAGUACCAUAACGUUGGCACUCCAGAUUUCCUCAUUGCCAUGGCGGAUAUGCUCAAGGCUGGUUUCCCCGUGGCCAAGACGAACAACACCUUCCCACCGCUGAGAGAGGAUCAGAUUGCCAUUGGACUACCAUCCACCGUCAGCGCUGGCAACGGCUUCAUCGACGCAAAGGGCGUACAGGACGCCCUGGACUGCUUGAUGAAGGGCGAGUCUUGCGGGACCUACAAGCCUCGCGGUGGUAAAUCCCCAUCCUUCAGGGGUCUGAUGGCAUGGUCCAUCAACUGGGACAAAUUCUCCAACUGGGGAUUCCUGAGCCCCCACCGCAAGUACCUCGACAGCUUCCCCUGAGUUAUUAGCUUUCUACUAUUUUCCUCCUUUCUGUUAACUCGAAGACCUUCAUGUCUAUUCCUUGUACAAAGAGACGACGUCUAUAUUUUGGAUAUAUGGAUAUAUAUAUGCUUCACGUGAUAUCUGGAUAUCCCAAAGGGGAAGUUUUUACUUCCUCGAUGUUUUUUUCGGCCUCUUAUGGAUUUUUGACGACUUUUUGCUCUCUGUAUUGUAUAGAUAGAUUGAAUAUUAUGAAUGAACGAACGAUCUGAUGUUUUCUUCUUGCGUGGCCACUUGAUAUCAUGGAAGCCGUUCUUUUCCCCCCUUGUCGGCUCUGCUGCAGUUUCACGUCGG